AUGUCGCAAGGAGGCUCCCUGAUCCUUAUAGCAUGUGCACUGCCUCAGUACCCUGCACACUGGGCUCUGCCGUCUCAGACUUGGGACGGUAUUUCGACCGCUGAGAGGCGAUCAAAUCUCAGGUUACUCAGGACGUCAUUGAUUCUGGACCAAGGCGACACACGUACGACUCGCCAUGGAGACUGUCUCAGACUGUGUACUUACAACGCGAGAACAGUUUCCACAGACGCUGACCUGCAUGCCCUUCUCGGAGCUGCAGAGCGUAUCAAAUUUCAUGUGAUUGCUCUGCAGGAGACCAAGUGCAGAAGAAGCGACGUACGACAGAUGAAUGACGGUACACUCGUCAUUCGUGGAGAGAAGUUUCCGUCGCGAAAUGUAGGCGGUGUUGGUUUUGUUGUGCACCCAUCUGUCGUCCAUCUCGUCGAUACUCACGAGAUCCUGUCACCUCGUCUGGUCAUUCUUCGCCUCCGCCCUCUGCGCCAAAAAUCCAUCAGUAUCAUCAACUGCUACUCACCAACAUCAGCAGCUGAUGAAUCCGAAUUGGACGCGUUUUAUGAGGAGCUGAAGGAACUAGUCCGCAACGAGAAGUCCUUCUACAAAUUCCUCGUCGGAGACUUCAACGCAAAAGCCACAGAAGAGGAAUACAGGAUUGGAAGAUUUGAACUAGGAGACCGGAAUGAAAAUGGCAAUCGUCUCGCCGGGCUGUUGUCCGCCGCUCGCCUUUUUCAUGGGAACUCUCUUUUCAUGAAAAAGAUCAUCGUCGGUGGACAUGGAAGUCGCCCAAUGGCGCAACUCGUGCGGAGAUCGACCACAUACUCAUCAACCGGAGGUGGUGUCUACUUGACGUCUCAGUAG